UGCACUUCAAAAUUUCAUACACCUUCCCCAAAGUAAAGUUAAUCUUCCGGGAAUUACGUUCUAGCUGUCUUAGAUGGAACCCGGGCUUUGAAGCACAACACAAUAGUACCAGCGCCUUAAAACAAAUAUAUCCACGUCCUGGACAUCCAACUCCAACUCAUAUACUUUUCGCUCAACCGAACUCGGCGAAAAUCACACACGAAUCAAAAUGUCAAACCUCACGGCCGAAACUAAGGAGCCUGAUCCAGCAGCUACCUCUCUCCCGAACGACGGGACCGUGAUCAAGGAGGGCGGUGACCCAUCUGCACCAACUGACAAGGAAGCUGUCAUGGCAGCUGUCGAGUCGGAGGAUGCCAAUGGCGCAGCAGAAAUCAAGGAGGAGCAGACUACUGAGAAGAGCGAAGCUGCCACAGACAUCAAGGAAGACAAGAGCGACAAGAAGGCUGAAGAGAAUGGCGCCUCUGGCGAGAAUAAGGAAAGAUUCGAUGACAAUGGUGUUCUGAAGACUUCUGCGCAGAUUGAUGAAACCCGCAAAAAUUAUUCCAAAUACGACCCGGCUGUCUUGCCUACCACCGAUGACCCAAGCAAGAUUCGCGCACAGGUCGAAUUCUACUUCAGCGAUGCAAACCUUCCAACCGACAAACACCUGUGGAAUUUAACAGAUGGCAUAUUGAACCUCCCAGUCUCAAUUACAGAGAUUUGCAAAUUUGGCCGUAUGAAACGAUUCAAGCCAAUAUCCGCCAUUGUCACCGCACUCAGAGAAAGCCAGUUCCUUGAGAUUACUGGCCCAGAAGGCCAUGAGCAAGUCAAACGCAAGCAAGCUUAUAACCCUACCGCCGUAAAGCCCUCGUCAGAACCCAGAUCCGUCUAUGUCAAAGGCUUCGGUGAUGAGGAACCAAGCUCUCAAUUUGACAUCGAGGCCUUCUUUGCCCAAUACGGUCCGACAAACGCAGUUCGUCUUCGCCGCACUCAAGAGAAAUUGUUCAAGGGGUCUGUGUUCGUCGAGUUUGCAGAUGAGGAGACUGCCCAGAACUUCCUCGCACUUGAACCAAAGCCAUUGUGGAAGGGUAAGUACCCAUUGAAAAUCCAAUCCAAGAAGGAUUACACCGAUGAAAAGCUUCAAGACAUCAAGGACGGAAAAAUGGAACCUGCUGAGACUUGGGCCCCUCGAAGCCGGGGUGGAGGAUACCGAGGUAACAACAAUCGUGGCGGCCGUGGUAACUACAGAAAUGACAGAGAUGGUCGUGAUGGCCGCGGACGAGGUGAUUCCAGAGGCGAUCGUGAUCCAGAUGACUGGAAGAAGCGAAGAGAGGAAGAUCGAGCAUCUGGUUUCAAGGACAAUCACCGCAAAUACGAUCGUGGCCACCGGGAGGGAGAUCGCAAAGGUCGUGGCCGUGGGAGAGGACGUGAUGAUCGUGGUCCUCGUGAUAGAAAUCGUGAACGCGAAGGCCGGUAAGUCAAACACCUUCCCACCUGACGAAAUAUGCACUGAUAGAAAGACAGUGAUGAGAAGAAUG